AGUCCAUUCUAUCCGGGGGGAAUUAUUCCAGUAAACUCUGGACAGCGAUAAUAUUACAAUACUCAUUUCAUCAUGAGGAUUUCGUUGGCACUACUAGCGUUGCUACUAUCAGGCAGCGUAACCUGCAAGGAAGCAGACUCAGAAGCCGCGGAAACAAAAUCCGUGGAAGAAUCUUCAACUGUCGAGAAAAAACAAGAAAAGCGAGGUCUCUACCACUCAGAGGGUAACUACGGAGGUGGAUAUGAAGGUCUCUUCAUGAGCACUGGUUUCGAAGGCUACGAAGGGCACUCCCAUGACGAACACUACCCUCACCACCACGAGGAGCACAAAGUUAAGGAAAUAGUAAUAGAGAAGAAGGUUAAGGUACCUUAUCCAGUAGAGAAGAAAGUUCACUACCCCGUGGAGAAAGAAGUGCCUUAUCCAGUCGAAAAGAAGGUUCCUGUGCCCUACGCAGUAGAAAAGAAGAUCCCCGUUCCAUACAAAGUGUACGUUAAAGUUCCAGUGCAUAUUCCCGCCCCAUACCCAGUUGAAAAGAAGGUCCACUACCCAGUCCACGUUCCAGUGGAACGGCCAGUUCCCUACAAAGUCUACGUGCCAGCACCCUACCCCGUAGAGAAAAAAGUCCACUACCCCGUGAAGGUUCCAGUUCCACAACCGUUCCCCGUCGAGAAACACAUCCCAGUGCCUGUCAAGGUCCACGUUCCAUACCCCCAGCCAUACCCAGUCGAAAAACACAUCCCAGUGCCUGUGAAGGUCCAUGUUGACAGGCCCGUUCCAGUUCCUGUCAUCAAACCUUACCCAGUUCCAGUCGAGAAAAAGGUUCCCUAUCCAGUAGAACAUCCAGUUCCCUACCCCGUAAAGGUCCACGUUGAAAGGCCCGUUCCCUACCCAGUAGAAAAAAAGGUUCCCUACCCAGUCAAGGUCCCCGUUCCAGCGCCCUACCCAGUUGAGAAAAAGGUUCCAGUUCCGGUUGAGAAACCCGUUCCUUACCCAGUCAAGGUUCCAUACGAUCGCCCCGUUCCAGUCCAUGUUACCAAACAUGUUCCUUAUGAGGUUACCAAACACGUUCCCUACCCGGUCAAGGUUCCAGUUCCAUACAAGGUGGAACAUCACGAACAUCACGAACACCAUGAACACCACGAAGCGGAACACGGCCAUGAUUUCGGAGGGCAUGAUUUUGGAGAUCAUGGGGAUCUUGGAGGGCAUAAUUUCGAGUCCCAUCAUGGUUAUUAAGCUUCGUAAAUUUAGGUAGUUAUUAUUCGUUUUUAUAAAAAUUGUUUUGUAUAUCUUUUGUAUGAAAAUAAAAACCAAAGAAG